ACUGUGCUGAGGAAGACACUGCGUUCUGUGCCGCAGAAGAGAGCCACCAAUGGCUGUGCUAAUGGAGGCAUCAUUCAAAAGAUACCUGGUUUACCGACAUUUCGUCGUCUUGAAAUUGAAGUUGCAAUAACGGAUAUAACUGUCCGUAAACCAGGCAAUGAGAAAUACUACAGCAGUAUGAGUGUUAAAGAGGUAGUGCUGCAAAAGGAACGACUGAAGAUUAGUGGCAUACUGUGGAGGACAACCUCAGGAAGCUUCUUGUGGCUUGUCGAUUUCUUUUCAAAGUGUCUCCCUAUGCUUUCGAAAGUCCUAUUUCUUGUACCUUUCCUUCUGUUUCUUGCUCUGUGCUACUGGGGGCCGUCUGGACUGUUAGCCGUGCUGCCUUCUGCUAAUGUGAUGGUGUGGAAGGACGCCUCCUACGUCACCCCUUCAACCACCUCCAUGCGUGACUCAGAGGAGGGACAAUCCCCCCCUGACACAAACACUCAGAGGCCCUCAGUUCUGUCGUCGUCAUCAGUAGAGGCAGAGAGGUUGAUGCGUUUAGAGGACAACUUGUCUCAGCUGUGGGAUCGAGUAACGGGGGGUUUGCUCAGGCAGGAGGAGCAGCACACGGAAGUGCUCAGUCUGUAUAACACAAUGCGCUCCGAGCUUCACAGUCACACAGACAGAGAGAGUCUGGGCCAGUGGAUUGGAGACCUGCUGGAGGAGAGAUUCAGAAUACUGAAAGGCGAGGUGCAGAAAGAGGCCAAGGACACGCAACAGCAUCAGGAAAAGCAUGCAGAAGAGCAUCAGUCAGAGAAUACUCGACUCGCUGAAGCUGAGGCUCUCCUUCAGACAUUAGCAUGCAAAACUGAGGAUUUGCAAAGAAGACAAGAGCCUGCUUUUAAAAAGUUUCCUGAGGCUGAGGUGCCCGCCCCUGAUCCACACAGUGAGGAGGCUGAGAGCAGCUCCAGUGAGGAUUUGCUGGCAGAGGUGAGGCGGCUAGAGGAGACUUUGGAGCGAAUCAGAGAUGAUGUGCAGGGACUGAUGGGAUGCAGAGACAAGUGUGAGCAGCUGGACUCCCUUUCAAUCUCAGUAUCCGAGCAGGUGGAGAAGGAAAUCCGGUCUCUGUUUUAUGGCAGUGACCGAGCGGAAGAGCUGGAGCUUCCUAAAUCUCUCCUGCAGUGGCUCUCUGAUCACUUUGUGAGCACCAUUGAAAUGCAGGCUUCGCUCAGUACUCUGGAGAACAGCAUUCUGGGUAACCUGUCCCUUCAGGUAGAGGAGGGCCAGUCACCUUCUAAAGAGACGAUCACCCAAACUGUACGACAAGCCACAGGGGAGGCGGGCCUCUCUGAGGAACAUGUACAGUUGAUUGUCAACAAUGCGAUGAAGCUUUAUUCUGAAGACCGCACUGGUCUGGUGGACUAUGCAUUGGAAUCUGGAGGAGGCAACAUCAUAAGCACACGCUGUUCAGAGUCCUUUGACACCAAAACAGCACUGCUGAGUCUGUUUGGCUUCCCGCUGUGGUACUUCUCCCAGUCACCACGUGUAGUCAUACAGCCAGACGUGCAUCCUGGGAACUGCUGGGCAUUUAAAGGAUCACAAGGUUAUCUGGUGAUCGGGUUAUCCAUGAAGAUUGUGCCUACAGCCUUUUCUCUAGAUCAUGCGCCCAAAUCCCUGUCGCCCACUGGCAACAUCAGCAGCGCCCCACGAGAGUUCAAUGUAUAUGGUCUUGAUGAUGAGCAGCAGGAAGAGGGGCAGUUACUCGGACAGUUUGUUUAUAAUGAAGAUGGAGAUGCUCUUCAGACCUUCUUAGUGUCUGAGGAGGUCUCGAGAAGUUUUCAGAUCAUUGAGAUGAGAGUGCUGUCAAACUGGGGUCAUCCUGAAUACACCUGUGUGUACCGUUUCCGGGUUCACGGGAAGCUUGUUGAUGAAUGACUUGCAAGCGCUUAAGAUAUUGUAACCUCCUGACGAUCUGUCACUCAUGCACAGAGA